ACGAAUGCAAACGGUCGCGUAGUUUGACAAGUCACACAGCGCCUUUCUUUAUUGACAUUGUCUGCUAGACUUUCUAUUGUACUCGAACAGCAGUCAUAGCUGCAAUCGCAUACCUAUAUAUGACGCAGAAUCAAGAUAUCCCGGUAUGGGUGGAAGACGCUCGUGCUCUGCAUAAUGUCAUCUGCCAGGCACGGGCAGCCACCGACGCUCAAGCUGCGGCCGACUUCCUUCGACACCAACUACAACUUCAUCGACAAAAGCUCCUUUCGCUCUUGGACGAUCCCCCCAAGAAUAUGAGUCAUCGCAGCUCGCUGCAAUCAGGUCAAGCUUACGUCAAUCGUACCUCUCACAGGGUUAGCAAUGCAUUCUCAAAAGAAGCUUUGUUUAUUUCCGAUCAGCUGGAUAUCAACGAACAUGUUGCAGCCAGUUUGCUAAUGAGGAGAUCGGGUGACGCUUCGCAAGUGAGCAGUAGUGCAGUGGACGCUGCGAUUCUAUCGUACUACUCGGAGCAAGGAUACAUUUUAGCGUGCUUGGAUGCGAUUCUCAAGACCGCCAAAGAUGCUUCUGUAAGCGACGAAGUGCGCUCUGUAGCUUACGAAUUUAUGGCCGAUAUUGUGUACGAAAAAGUUCCCGUCAACAGUUACGGCAAAGAUUCACCGACCGUAUCAUUUCCAGCGAAGCUUUUGCAAACCAUAGAGCGUAUAGACGGUAUCAGUAAAUCAAUCCAUCAUUCAGAAAGUACAACAACAUCGCAGCCAUUGACGUCAGCCACCAACGAAACUGGGAGUGGAAAGCUGGGAGAGGAAAUCAUGGCGGCACGCGUGGAACGACUGAUCGAUGAACGCUUGUACCUUCGUCAAAUCCUGUAUCAUCUCUCUUCUUUGUUUUGGUUUGAAUCGGACGAUAUCUUACAAAUUCUGACCAUGCUCGAACAUUGCGAUCUGACCGAUACAGCAACAGCUUAUUUAUUACUCGUUCUUGUGGCUGCAUUGUCGCCUAGCAGCCAUCCUGAUGAUGCAAUGGGAGGAGUGGAUGGGAUCGUUAACGACGAGGUCUUCCAAAAGAAAUUCCAAGAAAAAAUUACCAACAAUUUAUGGAAGGUCCCUGUACUGAAAUCCUUGAUCGUCAUUCGAUGGGUCGACUUCUUGCUUCAUGUGGCUGAACGAAAACCGAGCAUCAUGCAAAGCCUGUCUUUAUCGGACGACGUCAUUGAAAAACUCGUGGAGGGCGCCAUUUCUACCAAAGUGUUUGCGUUCAUGGACGAAUAUCUUUUAUAUUUCAAACAGCAUCUUGCGAUCAUCGAAACGGAUCGGAGUGUGCUGAAAGUGAACGCUUGUGAUCCCAAAAGCAAAACAGCCGAUGGAUGGGAAGUGGAUGCCAGCGAUUUUACAAGAUUUAAUGCCACGAUCCGAAGCGACUUUCAACCGUUUGUGGUCCAUGAACUGGAAGACGUGUGCGAUGCAUUCAUCCAUCGCAUGUCGAAUGUACUCCGCGAAAUCAAAUACAGAGAAGAAGACACGAGCUUACCUGCACAGAUGCCUUUAACCACGAGUAGUGCAGUGACCAGUACCAAUGACAAGACCACUCAAUGCCAUGAUUUGGAAGAUUUCCUAAACUUGUUAGCAAGCAUUUAUCGAAACCGACCUGAUGCCGGAAGAAAGUUUUGGAGUCGUGACGACCAUGGACUUCUCAGUUUUACAAAGUGGCUCACCGACAUCAAAGUGGCGAAAACAGUAGCCGCUUCUUACGAAUUUUUCGCCUCCAUUUCCGCGGGCUUGAAUUGCGCCGACGAAUCCCUGCGAUUCUUCCACGGAGCAACCGAUCGUAUGGAUCUGCAAAAGAGCGGUCUCUAUUCCUGGGGUAAAUUAUUUGCAGCACUCAAGUUCUACGGACCUUUGCUCGUUAAAGCAACGGAUGACAAGCCUAUGCUCCUUCCCCCCGACGAGGAACAACUCUUGAUCAGCUUCCUUCGUUUAUUCAAACAAGUCGUGCUAUAUUCCGCUCAAGCACGUGGCGCCUUCCUGGAAGACGUUCAUUUGGAUGUUCUGGGCACCAUCACCAUGAUGCUCAGCCGAGCAACCUCGACAAGUCUGCGUGCAGCACUGUAUGAUGUUCUAACGGCCUUUUGCUCGCCGUACGCUGGUGGUUCCAAUGGCGUAGGAAAACGAAUCUCGGAUUCUAUCUGGUACAUCCUGGAUACAAGCGACUUCCUUUUGCCACGAAAGCAUCUACUGCAGUUCCAAACCGUGGAAAGCAACCAGAUCACCGACCGUAUUGUAUACCAAUCGCCCGGGAUUCUUCAGGAGUUGGAGAUUGAAAGGUCGUUUGGCAUAUACACGGAAACUUUGGCCGUGGUGAAUCUUCUUGGCUCGGCUAUCCACAAGCAGAGCAAGCAAGAAAAGCUUAUUUCCGGAUUUCUGCCGUACGACAACACGAUUUACACCCACCUGGGUAAAGACUCGGGUGUGCCUGGAGCUAGUCAGUACAUUGCAAUGGUGAUCGACCACAUAUUUCUCAUGGUGAAUAAUCAGCCGUACCGAUAUCCUGGCAGCAAAUGGCAAUUAACAGAAGCAUGCCUCCGAGUCUUGGAAAACAGUGUCGCGUCGCUUGACCUUCAGCGUUUGGAAGCAUUGGCGGUCAAACGCAAAGAAACCUCGAAGAAGUCAAAAAUACUCAAUCUUCAGGAGAAAAACACCGAGCCCACGAUAUAUGACGCUUUUGAACAACACCUGUUCGAGUAUGUAACCCAUCCUGGUUUCGAAGUCAUGAUCCGUAUCUUGUCUGGUAGUCGCGUCACGGCCGAGAUUUUCAAAAUCAUUGAAUCGGCAGCUACCGUUCUGACCAGCAAAUCAGAAGCCAAUGUCUAUUACAAGCAAUCUCUGCUCCGUUCCUUAAGGCUGCUAUACCGAGUCAUGUCCAUUCAAAAUGUGUUCUGUAACCUUCUUUUACCCUAUGUUACCGGUUUAUCCAGUCGAAUGUCGUCUCCCGAAUUUAGUUUAUGCGGUCGUAGCAUCCCUGCGAUUCCAUCCUUGGUGUCUCUCGGCCAGCUGAUGUUGUAUCAUACCAAGAUAAUUGUGCAAAUUUCUUUGUUGAUGAAUUGCGAAGAUCAGGAAGAAAUCUGUCUUCUCAGCACCAAGAUAAUUCAUAUGCUUUCGUCGGAGCCACGCUCAGGUGAACAGAUCAAGCAAAGUAGUCUCGUAGGGACGUAUGCACCUAUGGGUGGUCUUGGUUUAAAACUCGCUGGCGCGCUUGGUGCGAACAAGGAUGCGUUUUCUAUCAUUCACGGUGUCAGUGAACGUUUAGAAAUCGAUCAGCCUGAAGUCACGACGUACGACGAUUACGACUACGACAUGAACAAUAUUCCUUUCUGGCAAGCGGAAGAAACGUUGGCGAACCGAUAUAACCUAGACGACGAUUUCAUGCCGCGCACAGGAUGUUCCGUACGUUUUGCGAUUGUAAACAUGUUGCUUGACAAUGCAUUGGCCGAUAAAUCCUCACCGACCAUUACGGAGUUCUUGCUCGGAUACGAUGUCAUGGGGCCACCGUCGAACUUGCGCGAUCCUCUCAACAAUCCUGCUGCUCUUCAAUGCUUGCAUACGAUAUUGCAGUUAUUGCGACAAGGCAUUCACGACUCAAGGGAAGCUGAUGAAGAUCGCAUGCUCGAGGACGAUAAGACAAACGACGAUUUGCUGUUGAUUGUGACACAUCCCAUCCUAGCUGAAAAGUGCUACCAGCUGAUCUAUCGCUUGUGCGCCAGAGAAUCAUCAUCCGCCGUCAUAAUGCGCUAUUUGCGAAAUCGAGAAGAUUUCUUCUACCGUCAAUUCAAAGCGAUGGCAGCUCGUGUGGAAACAGCGGCCGCCGUGGCUUCGCCAGUUUUCAAAGGAGAAAUCAUUUCCGCCGAUGGAAGCCGUGUAACAAGCGAUUUUUUUGCGUUGCGGUCUCAACUUCAUCAGCGUGCAUGGCUUCUCAAAUCCGUCGCCCUCGAAUUGCAUAUGACAGCAUGCAUGCGACAAAAAUCGGACGUGAUACGUUUAUUGGAACUCUUGUACGGACGAGAUGAGAGAAUGCAGCGAUUCAAUUCGGAUACCGAUAUGGAAACGGACCACCCACGCGUCUACUCAUUUUCGCCGGGAUCCUUCCAGCAACCAUUGAUGAAAAUGUUUGAAAUUGUCAGUUCCCUUGAAUUCGUUUGGCUGGAUCAGUUAGCGGAAACGGCUGGCGCUAUGAUACCUACGUACUUUAAAGAUUUCCGGGCCGACAAAUUCACGUCGCGAAGCGAAUACGGUUGCGAACUGUACGAUAUUCGAAGCAUCUAUCAGCAUUUGAGAAGCGAACAGUCUCGUGAGGAAGCCGAAGGCAAGGUCAAGUCUGAUGAAGAAAAACAAAAGCUGGAAGCAGAAAUGGGAAGCAUCCUUCAGAACCUGAUGGCGGAGAAUCACCGACGAGAGAUUGCUCACGCCAAGUUGCACAAUUUACGUGCAUGGAAAGAAGUGGUGCAAGUGACUCUGGCGGAAUGCUUUGAUAUGUUCCCGUUUGAAAUGCGAGAACACAUCAUCUACGGUUUGCUGUCCAUGCUGUUACCAAAAAUGCGAUUGACCGUCGGCGUCGAUACGGAUGUGCUGAAAGGCCUCAGCGAAGUCAUUCUGACACUUGUGAAACGGUUACUGGAAGACAUGCGUGGGUUGAAACACGGGCAUGCUGGACAUGCGACGGAAGCGGAUCACAUGAUAUUAAGAUGGCCAGACGAGAAAUUACAGUUCAUCUUUGAAGGCAUGGUCGACUGUAUCCGAAGCGAUGGAACCACGGUGGCUAUUCGAGGAGAUAUGUAUACAGCAUUGGUGAGCUUUUUACAAUGUAUUCGGGAAACCAGCACUUCCUCCUCCUCAGCAUUGCAACUGUAUCUCGUGGAAUCGGUAUCGUCGAAGCACAUCAAGCUAUUGGAGCUUCUAUGCCGGGAUGCAAGCGAUGGAUUGGAUAUUUGGAAAACAACCGCCUAUACAACGCUGAAUUCACUCUACGUCUUGGCGAGCAGUGUGAAAAACGGUGCCGUGCUUUCUUUCCUAUUGAAGGAAAACUUUCUACGAUAUACGAUUGACAUGCUCCGAAGAGAAGAUUUGGCGUUACGAGAUGUUUUGGAGCAAGUGGAUGCGCCACUGGUGCCCUUAUAUAUUUACGAAGCCAAAAUGUCGCUCUUUUUAAGGCUCGCUUUAUGCAAAGAAGGAGCUCAAACACUUAUUGAUAACCGUAUCCUGGAUGUCCUCAGUCAUUGCCAAUUUAUUAUCAUGCCUCCGGAUCAUAAUUUUACAUUACAAGAACGAUAUGAACAGUUAUUACAGCCCGCAUUAAAAUUAGUGAUUGCGUUGAUGUGCAGCAUGGGACACGCGGAAGUCUUGACAGCGAAAAAGCAGAGGAACGCACUGUUCACUUCUGAAGAUACACAGACACGCACGCCGUUGUCGACAUCAGCCGUCAUAUGUAAAGCUGAAAAACUUAUUGCCUGCAUACGUAAAAAUUUGAAUGCCAAUGGAGGAUUUGGAUCACUUUGAAAACAAUGUAUCUAUGAAUCAUAAAAAUAUUUCUCUCCACUUGACAAUCGCACCAAAAAAAUCACCACGGGCCAGACUAAGCACAUUUUAGAACUCAUAACAUGAUAACACGUACAUAAAGCUAUUUCAAAGAUCUCCUCUAUACAGUGUGUUGCAACUGGAGUUCAAAAAAUUAAAAAAAGAUAUGUAUAUUUCUCAGUAAAAUUCAG